UAUCAUUGUCGCCUGACGUCAACGAUAGUGAUGACAAAAUGACGAUGAAUUCGGCUGUUGGAGCUCAACACUAUAUCAGCUGCGAGUGGCCAUAUAUCAAUGAGAACUACUACUGUUUAGUUGCCCACUGUCACUGACCCAGAAGAAAAAUUACAGUUCUUUGCAUUGAAUCUCAAAAUGUCGACACCAGCAGCUUCCUUCUAUCAGCUCCGUUGCGGCUGCAACCAAUACCCAUGGGGUAAACAAGGUUCUAACUCUCUAUCUGCACGACUCUGUGAAAAGACGCCGGGAUGGGAUGGGGAUGGAAAGAAGAACUUCAAGAUUGAUGAGGACAAGCCAUAUGCUGAGAUGUGGAUGGGCACAUACCCCGUUUUGCCAUCCUAUGUCGCUAGCACAGGCGAGGAUCUCCAAGACGUUCUGGACCGAUACCCUAAGGAACUUUUGGGAGAGAAAAUCACUUCAAAGUUUGGACACAGCAAGCUUCCAUACCUUCCCAAGGUUCUUUCUAUUGCGAAAGCAUUGCCAUUGCAGGUUCAUCCUAACAAGGAAUUCUCGAGUAAGAAGCACAAGGAGGACCCAGGCUCAUUCACGGAUGGCAACCACAAGCCAGAAAUCGCCCUCGCAUUGUCCGAGUUUGAGGCAUUCUGCGGCUUCAAACCUGUCGAGGCUAUCGUGGAUAUCUUACGCCAGAAGCCUUUGAGACACUUCCUUGUCGCCGGUGGCGCAACUGUCGCGGAUGAGAAGCUCAGCCAAGAAGGAUUGAAGCAGGUCGUUAAAACUAUUUUAACAUCAUCUGACGAAGACAUAAAGAAGGCUUUUCAGGCAAUCCGAGAACUCCCCGACUCUGCCUUUACGGGACUCAACUCGGCCAUUCCACAGGUCGCCAAGAAACUCGAGAAGAAUUUCCCAGCAAACGACCCUGGCAACCUAGUCGGACUGUUGUGUAUGAACUACAUGCUGCUCCAGCCAGGCGAGGUUAUCUACAUUCCUGCAGGCGGGAUUCAUGCCUAUAUCCAGGGCGAUAUCAUUGAAUGCAUGGCACGUUCUGACAAUGUUCUCAACACUGGAUUCUGUCCCAAGUCCGAGCGAGACAAUGUCGAUGAGUUCUGCUCAGUGCUUAACUGGGAGCCCACGACCAAGUCACAGACGACACUGCAGCCAGAAACUUAUCCUGGAAGCAAGGAGGGCAAGACCCAGCUCUUCAAGCCACCUACCAGCGAGUUCAACGUGCUUGCGACUGACUUGAAAUCUGGUGAGCGCGAGGCAUUGAGUGAAGGUGGUCCCAAGAUUAUGCUUGCUACACGUGGAAGCGCAAGUGUCAAGGCAAACGAUCAGUCGUUUGAGUUAUCCGAGGGCCAUGUGUAUUUCAUCGCUCAAGGAGUGAAGCUGGAUAUCACUGCUGGUAGUGGUGGUCUGUUGCUGCAUACUGCGGUUGCGGAAUGAAUGACUAUGACGAUUAACGAAGAAGACGGUUCAGUCUGUGAAACUAGAUGAGAUAGAUAAUGAAUGGAGAAACCUCUCAAGCCUGUAGUUUAAAUAGAUGUCGC